UGUCUGCGUCCAGAAAGUAGUCAUUAGUCAAAUGUUGUUUGACGUAAAUUUGAACACUCUGUUAGGUUGCUAGUGCGUGCAUAUGACAAUGCAUAGUCGCCGAGUAGCGCAGAAGCUAAAUUUUUUGUUAUACCGACCAUUUUUAACUUGUGGGGCUAAAAAGUACGUGAGCCGUGAAUAUGGAAAAGUAAGUGCAGCAAUUGUUGAUGAGUUGACAUCUGCAUUAGGAGCUGAAAAUGUGAGUACAUCAGUUGCUGUAAGGGAGCACCAUGGUCAUGAUGAGUCCUUUCACAGCUCCAAACCACCUGAAGUUGUUGUAUGGCCAACCAACGUUGAGUUAGUUUCGAAAGUCGUUGGCCUGUGCAAUGAAAAUGCCAUACCAGUAAUCCCAUUUGGAACCGGUACUGGUAUGGAGGGUGGUGUUCUUGCUGUCCAGGGUGGGAUUUGCAUAAAUCUUACUAAGAUGGACCAGGUAGUGGAUGUGAGUCCUGAUGACUUUACAGCAACUGUGCAACCUGGAGUUACUCGCAUGGCUCUGAAUGCGUACUUACGAGACACUGGAAUGUGGUUUCCCAUAGACCCUGGGGCAGACGCAUCACUGUGUGGCAUGGCAGCAACCAGCGCAUCGGGAACAAACGCUGUCAGAUACGGAACCAUGCGUGAAAACGUCGCCAACAUGGAGGUUGUGCUGCCAGAUGGUAGAAUUCUGCAUACAUCUGGAAAAGGUAGAGCCACUAAGAAAACGGUUGCUGGUUACAACCUCACCAACUUAUUUGUUGGCUCGGAGGGUACACUAGGCGUCAUCACGCAGGCCACACUACGUCUGUACGGGAUCCCGGAGUCCAUGGUCUCGGCUAUCUGUUCAUUUCCUGACAUUAAGUCAGCGAUAGAAACAACAGUACAAAUCCUACAAUGUGGCAUACCAAUUGCCAGGAUAGAAUUUCUGGAUGAGGUGCAGAUGGAUGCGUGCAACCGCUACGGCAAGCUUGACUAUAGAGUGGCGCCAACACUGUUCCUUGAGUUUCAUGGCUCAGAGAAGACGAUAAAUCAGCAAGUCACAGAAGUUGGUUUUUCUUCAGGCGAUGUUGUGCGUGAGAAUGGAGGCACAGACUUCCAGUGGGCAGAGGAUGAGGAGGAAAGGAAGAGGCUAUGGCAGGCUCGUCAUGAGGCGUGGUAUGCAGCCAAGGCCCUGGCUCCCGGAUGCACUGCAUAUUCGACAGAUGUUUGUGUACCACUGUCUAAACUUUCAGAGGUUAUUGUGGAGUCAAGGAAAGACAUAGAAGCAGCUGGUGUUAAAGGUCCUAUGAUUGGUCAUGUUGGUGAUGGAAACUUUCAUGCACUAUUAUUGGCUGAGCCGACCAAACCAGAUGCUAAACAGACAGUCAUUAGUCUAGCCAAAUCAAUUGCCAGGCGAGCAUUGUCAGUUGGCGGCACAUGCACAGGUGAACACGGCAUCGGCCUCGGGAAACGUAUGUUCCUUGAGGAUGAGCUGGGAGCAGUCGGUGUCGCUGCCAUGAGAAUGGUGAAGCGUGCGUUUGACCCCAAUAACAUCAUGAAUCCUGGUAAAGUUUUACCGUCCGGUGACGAUGAUAGGGAAGAUGGAGAGAGUGUAAAACUACAGUGAGGACACCUAUAUGCAUAGACAGGAAACUUGUCGGUAUUAUCUUGUAAGAGGAAGGAAACUUGCCCAGCUAACUGGAAUGCAGGUUACACCACCUAUGUGAUAUUUUUCUAGUAGCAUUUGUUACAGGACAUCAGUUUCCAUUGUGAUGAAAUAUUGCAAUCAAAUAUCGUAGUCUGACAACAGGCAUAUUUAUUCAAGCUUUCUAUUUUGCCGUAUUCCUAUCAUGCAGAAAUAAUUAGCACUCGUGUAUAUUUUUUAGUGUAGUGUCACAUAAUCAUGGCUUAUGAUAGAGAUCAAGAGAAUUCAACAUUACGGGUAAAAAUACCUUGUUUGGUAGAUGACGUUUGAUGCACUAAUUUGCGCUUAUUGGCAAUGUCCUCUGUAAUCAGCAACACAUCGUACACACGCACGCACGCACGCGCACGUACGCACGCACGCACGCACGCACGCACACACAAACGCACGCACGCACGCACACACACACACACAUACACACUAAAUGCAUAUGAAUUUGUAAGCAGGGCCAAUCCAACAACUGUUAAAACUAUUCAUCGUGAUUCAAAUUAUAAGUUAAAGGAAUAAUAUGGACAUUGAUUAUGCAAUGUUGACGAAUGCUAGAAUAACUGGCACCUUGUGUA